AUGUCGUCGGUGUUCGUGAGCGGCUUCGACAACCGCACCCCUGCAAGCGCGGUGGAAAGCCACUUCAGCACCAUUGGGCCGGUCAAAGCCGUUCGAUUCGUUGGCAAAGGAAGUGCCGUUGUGACCUACGAAUCGUUCGAGGACGCGGACCGUGCGGUGAUUGAUCUCAACAACAGCACCAUGGAGGGCAACCAUUGGCGUGUCAGCGUGAAGAUCGACCGAAAAGGCCAGGGCAAAGGCAAGGAUGGAAAAGAUUCCAAGGGCAGCAGCGGGCACACCAAGGCAGCCUAUGGCAAGGGCAUGGGAGGAGGCACCAUGGACAACCAUUGGUAUGUCAACGCGAAGAUCGACCGACAAGGCAACGAUGGCAAAGAUGGCAAGGGCAGCUGCGGGCACGACAAAGGCUACCUCAAGGGCUACGGCUGUUCGACUGAAGUCCUACAGCCCCAUGCAGGAGAACGAGACUACUCCGAUGGGGAGAUGGAGACUGGUUUCGUUGCGACCAGAGGCAAGGAUCGAAGAGCUGGCAAGGGCAACGGCUGGUACGACAAGCGCUAUGGCGCGGGGGGCUAUGGCAAAGGAAAGGGCAUGGCAGGAGGUGCCCCCUCCUUCCCGAAUGCCAUAGACGCCCGGGAGCUGGAGGCUACACUUCUUUCCAGCGCUGAGCCCGGCACUGCGAGACCGCAAGCACAUCAGACACCGCGAGCAGGAGACCGUGACCGUCAAAUGCCGCUUCGCGAUCUUCAGCAGCCGCGCGGACGAAAGGAACAAGGCAAGGAUCGAAGCUGCGGGUACGACAAGGGCUAUGGCGCGGGCGGCUAUGGCAAAGGAAAGGGCAUGGGAGGAGGAGAACGAGACUACUCCGAUGGGGAGAUGGAGACUGGUUUCGUUGCGACCAGAGGCCUCAAAGACCUGAGGAAGUAUCCUCUGUCUCCCGAUCGAAGAGCUGGCAAGGGCAACGGCUGGUACGACAAGCGCUAUGGCGCGGGGGGCUAUGGCAAAGGAAAGGGCAUGGCAGGAGGUGCCCCGGCUCAAGCGCCUUGA